CAUGGUCUGGCAUUAUUUUCGUUAGUUGUAUUACUAUUAUGCGGAGUGCGGUUUUAGAUUUUAGUAAGAAAUUUACCAGAACAUGGUAUUUGAUUUUUAGUUUGGAGUUUUUGUCACGUGAUCGUGAGGGCCAUCAUGCGGAAGAGUCCCGAGGAACUUAUUAUUGUCAUCAAAGCCCAAAACUAGAUUUCGGUACAGUUGUGAUUUGUUGGUAUUGCUGUUUUUACCAGGGGAAAAAAGACAAAGUAGUUCCUCUAGAAAAGGCAGCUGACUAACGUUACACAUCCUUCAAAAUGUCGUCGGAGGAAUUCGAGAAGCUGCACGAAAUCUACAGAUCUCUGUACGAAGAGCUGAAGCUGAUGCCGGAGAGGGCUCUGAAGUGCCACGGAGAGGAGAGGAAGAGGCUGGUGAGACGCUUCGAUGAGAGGCAGGGGGAGGCGGAGGAAGUGUUACAAGGAAUGGAAGAAGAGCUGCGAGCGGCUCCCUCCUCCUACCGUAACGCUAUGGGUACAAAGCUGCGCAUGUACCGCAGGGACCUGAGCAAACUGCAGAGGGACAUUAAAAUCUCAACUACAGGGUUUGGCUUUUCCUCCCAGCCAGUAGAAGGAAGUCAUCAAGGCAUUUAUUCAUCAGAAAACCAGCACAGUACACACUUGCAGUCCCAGAGAGCCUUGCUGCUCCAAGGUACGGAGUCUCUGAACAACGCCAGCCAGAGUAUCGAACGAAGUCAGCGUAUCGCAGCUGAGACCGAGCACAUUGGCACAGAUAUCAUCGAGGAGCUCGGAGAGCAGAGGGAACAGCUGGACCGCACCAGAAACAGAUUGGCGAAUACCGGAGAGAACCUCAGUCGAAGUCGAAAAAUCCUUCGUGCCAUGUCACGGCGGCUCGUGACCAACAAGUUGCUGUUAGGUGUCAUCAUUUUAAUGGAGUUGGCUAUUCUGGGUGCUGUGGUUUACCUGAAGUUCUUCCGAAAAUGAGCAAACUAUACCAUCUUUAAAAAAAAAAACAGUCUUAAACCCUGGAUCCAGGCUAAGCCCGACUCUCUACACCUGUUUUCACUGACUAUCCAGUAGCAAUAACGCUGUUCUGCUGCAUUCAGCCAGCUGUGAGUGCAAAUACGGACAGUAAGACGGUUCAGUCUUAAAGCAAACCUUAAUCGAGGGAGGAAUUCUCCUCUAUAUGAGUCAAUAGGUGACAUUCAUUUAACAUGAAUGACACAUUUUUUAACCUGUUAAUGGACCAAGCCUACAGGAACUCCAUGGAAGAACUAAGAAUUGCACUGUUUUAUCAGACUGUUAAUACCUGUGAAGCCCUGCGGAUGGAUUUUCUGGACUUGUGUGCUUGCUGCUAUGGAUGGUUGUGUUCAAGUAUGAUCUACUUACAUGACAGCACCUGUGAAAUGUUAGUGACAUACUUUGACUUUGUUUUGGGAGGUUUAUAAAUUCUCAGAUUGGGAUACUUAAUUAUUAGUAUUCAACACAACCGUAUGUUCUGUUAUCUUUGUAAAACUAAACUACAGUAUCCGAUAAAAAUGGCACCCGUUGAAUCUAUUUUUUUUAGUGUGUUCAUGCCCAGUAUCCGAAUGGUUGUAUUGAGUUAAUUUUUCCAAUGCUGAGGACUGAGACCUGAAGCCAAAUUUGUCUUUCAGACCUGUGAAUGUGAAAAUGGAUGGAAACUCUUCUGACAGAUGCAAUGUUCUCCACAGUUAAUUAAGUUGUCUAAUCACUGUAUAAUACAAAAAUUAGAAAUAGGCUACGAUUUUCCUCAUUUGACCGCCUGUAUAUUAUUAAAGCUAAUCUUUAACCUUAGUUUGCAUUUUAUCUGAAAUUUCUAGGAAUGGCAGCCAAACAGGCCAAA